AUGAAACAUAUCGACUUAGGUGGCCUCUCAACAAGCUAUAAUGGAGGCUCUCAGGCCAGACAUCACGAGAAGGACUGUCGUCUGAACAAAGGUGGUUCUUCAUCAAGACGUGUAGUUGAAAAUGCAAACGUACCCAAGAAGGCCAGCGGAAACACUUUCUGCAAGUGGUGUGGCAAAACUUGGUUCCACGGUCACUCUUGCCCUGAAUACCAAGCUAUGAAGGGUUCGUUCAAGGUGUUGAGCGUGAGAAGAGAAAAUAGCGGUCAUCGACCCUAUACAACUGGCUCCAGUAGUCAGAAACAAAAGCGUCAUUCCCGUAAUGGCAAAGGAAAGCAAAAGGACUCCGGGUCCAGCGAAAGUGACCUCUUCCGCGAGGCUAUGGAAGACAAAGAAUGUAAGUCUUCCACAUCAAACAAAAACACUUUCAAUUUAAUAACACCAUUGCUUCUCAAUGACAUUAGAAUCAUCGGAAAGGUGGAUCCUGGCUCAGAUGUUAGCAUCAUUAACAAAUCCGUUUUGAAUAAAAAAUUCUCUACUAUCAAAAAUGUCAAAGCAUUGGGUGGUUAUUUAACCUUUUUGGGCAUGAACAAAGAUGGUAGUGCAUCUAAAGCUGAACGCAUUGGAAGCACCGAACCCAUCAAAGUAACUUAUAUGAAUGGAAUCACAUUUGAACAUUCCUUUGAAAUCAUUGACUUCAAUGAUUCCAUGGCUGAAGAGUUUGAUGUACUCCUAGGAGUCGACAUCUUGCCUCGCCUCAACAUCUAUCUUAGUGGAGUAGCUCAUUGCUUUCCUGACACCGAAAACGAAAUUGCUCAAUUCAAGAAUAUAAACUAUGACACUGAAAACGUCUAUAAUCCAGAAAAUGCUGAUUAUGGUACUUCUCAGAAACGUCAAAUCCUUCUACAACAGAUCGAACAAUCUCUGAAUGCCAACAAGAACAUCCCUGCUGACGCAGUAUGUUCCAUGCCUGAAAGUGUAGUGCAUGUUCCUAUAUCCAAUCCCAAGGAUUGCUUCAUUCGCCAGUAUCCAUUAUCCAUCAACUCGCAUGCCGAGAUUGACAAACAAAUCAAAGAAUGGCUUCAAAAUAAGAUUGUUGAACGCUGCAAACCCUCAUCAGUGUUCCAUUCACCUCUGAUUACGGUGACAAAGAAGGAUGAGAACGAUCAACCCACCAAAUUGAGAGUGUGUUGUGAUCUUGGUCGCAUCAAUGCGUCCAUUGAUGACAAUUACCAUGAAAAUUAUGCGGUUCCCAAGAUUCACGAAAUCUUUGAACGAGUGUCCUCUAGCGCACGCAUAAUAAGUAAAAUUGACUUACACCAAGCAUACUAUUCGUAUGGUGUGCAUGAAGCAUCUCGCAAUGCCCUUAUAUUCUCGCAUAAUGGCAUUUUUUACAGAUGGUGUAGGGCCCCUUUUGGCCUAAAAUUUAUGAGCUCUCUGUUCGUAAAAUGCAUGUCAAUUUUAUUCACUGGUUUAUCCGACGAACUAAAAUUCGAAAUGGAAAAGAACAUGGAUCCUUCCCAAGUUGAUCCAACCAAAGUAUGGGGUGGCAUUGAACACUACAUAGAUGACUGUGUCCUGCAUAGUAUCUGCGAGAAAAGCCACAUCAAGCUUAUCAAUCUUGCCGUUAAUCGCUUGACAUCCGUCAACCUGCGCAUCAAUGUGAAAAAAUGUUCAUGGUUCCAGACAUCAGUCUUUUUACUAGGCUUUGUGGUUGGACCUGGCAUACAAAAGAUUGAUAUGCGUCGUUUAUCUGACAUAGACGAAUGGCCCAUUCCCAAAACUGCAAAACAAGUUCGCUCGCUUAUGGGUGUCGUUUCCCAUCUGCGAAACUUUUGUCCCAUGCUGUCCAAGGUUGCUGAGCCCAUCGAUAGUCUUCGAAAUGACAGUGACGUAAAAAAGAAUUGGACACAAUUGCAUACUGAUCGGUUCAAUACCAUCAAGCAAAUACUGCUCUCAAACCAAAUACUGCAUGCUCCAGUGUUGGACGACAAAAUGUUCCUCCAAUGCGAUGCUAGUCUCUAUGGCAUCGCUGCCUGUCUUUAUCAAAAGGAUAAACUGGGUAGAAUCAAGCACAUUGCAUUUGUUAGCAGAUCUCUCAAUUCAGCUGAGCGCAACUGGUCUACAAACCGUAGAGAGUGUGCCGCUGUUGUAUUUGGAUUCAUCAAAUUUAGAUCGCUACUGUGGGGUCAUAAUGAUAUCGAGGUCCUGACCGAUCAUUUGGCAUUGACCUACAUGUUCACAUCUACUUCACUAAACAGUACGCUCCAGAGCUACUUGGAAAUCUUGGGAGAAUUUCACUUCACAAUUUCACAUGUGAAAGGCAUUGAAAAUGUUCUCUGUGAUGCUCUCUCAAGGGUAUAUCCAAUAAUCGAUGAAGACAAAUGGCUGGAAGAUGAAAAUGGUCGACAGAUGAGAAAAUUGCAUAAGCUCAUUCUGAUCAAAAGGGACACCAACAAAAAGAUUGAAGUAAACCGUCAACGCACAGUCUAUUCUCAGGACCGCAAUCUCAACGUACUUGCUGUGAAACUAAAUAGCAAAGAAUUCCAGAAUUCUACAACGGAUUACAUUGCUCCUCCAGAAGCAGAUCGGGCUCAAAUCAUCAAAGAUGCACAUAAAAUAGGCCAUUUUGGCAUUGAGUCUGUGGUUCAACAUAUCCACACGUAUUUGGGUUUACAUUGGAACACCAUCUACGCUGAUUGCAAGGAAAUACUUAAAGCAUGUCCUGAAUGUGCAAAGCACAACGUCGCUCGUCGAGGUUUCAACCCUGCUAAAAGCAUCGUCAGCUUUGAUGCCUUUGAUCACAUUGCUAUGGAUAUCUUAGGUCCUAUGUCGAUCACCGAUAAGGGAAAUGUUUAUGUGCUGGUUGUGAUUGAUCUCUGUACUCGCUACAUUAUAGCUCGUCCAAUUCCUAACAAAAAUGGCGCUACAGUCGCUCAAGCCAUACUAUCCAUCUAUGGUGAUUAUGGUGUUGCUAUUAGCAUCCAACAAGCUGACAAUGGCAAGGAAUUCAAAUCCAAUCUCAUGGAUCAUUUCACUAAAACGCUUGGCAUCAAGCAGCGACAUUCUCUUCCUUACUACAAACAAUCCAAUGGUAGUGCUGAGAACGCUAUCAAACAAUUCGAGCAUACGCUACGCAAAAUGUGUGGUAAUGACACGCAUAACUGGGAUGAUCGCGUACCCAUCGUCCAACUUGCACUCAACAUGAAAGUCAAAGAGCGUACUGCCAGUACCCCAUUCAGUCUCAUGUUUGCUCGUCAGGUUAACGUCAAUCCCAAUCCAAAUAAACUCAACCUCAAUGGACGUCCUGCACUAUCCAUUCAAGAGCUCCAACAGCGUAUCGAACACAUGAAUACCAUCGUGUUUCCUGCUCUCCAAGAGCGUACACAACGGCUUGCUGAGGAAUACAAUAAGCGUAUGGAUAAACGUCGAUACAUCCUACCUGAACUAGCCUUUGACUCUCCUGUCAUGGUCAGCCUUGAAGAAGGUCGUUCAUCCAAACUCGCGCCUCUCUAUGCUGGCCCAUAUUUCGUUGUCAAGCGUACUCAAGCUGGCAAUUACAUUCUAAAAGACGAAACCAAUUCUCUCAUGCAUCGUGAAUAUACUCCUUCUGAACUCAAACCUGUCAACAUUGAUGAAACUACCAUUGAAGACGAAAUCUUUGAAGUUGAGGACAUUCGCGAUCAUCGCUACCGCGAUGAUGAUGAGAUCGAAUACCUAGUUAAAUGGGCUGGUUAUUCUGAACGUGAAAAUGAAUACAUUACAGCUGAUCUGUUCUCCUCUCCCAUUCCAAUCAAAAAAUACUGGGAAAAGGUCAAGCUCAACAAGGAACUGCAACAUCAAAGACAUGCACCACUACCUACAAACAAACGCCCCUCAAAACAGGCUGGUAACAAGCAAAAAGCAGGCACUGAUCACACAAGCCGCGAAAACACUCGCCGCAAACAUUAG